ACCAGCUCUCCACCUGCCCUCCACCUGUGUGCCCUGCCUAGGGGAGGAGGAGGAGCAGACAGAGGAAGAGGAGGCAGAGGUGUAAGACAGAGAGAGUGUCUGAGAGAGAGAGAAAGAGAAAGAGAAGGAGAGAGAUCAGCUGGGGACCUGCUGCACAAUACAGGGCCCAGGAAAUGGUCUGCCAAAGGGGACAAUGCUCAGGUCGGCAGAGCUUUAGACAGGGAGGUCGCAUGGCCCACCACUGCUAUUACACCCAAACUUGGCACGGCACUGUAUCCAGUGAGGACCAUAUGAGUCAUCUGCUCCCGCAUCCCACUGAGUCCCACUGCAGAUGGGGAGAGGAGAACCAGGAGGUGGAGACAUCUUCCCUCUGCGUGUGUGCAUCUUAACAGCUGUCUACACCCAGGCGGGCCGUCUGUCUUAUCAUUCCAAGUCCAUUCAGAUCAAUGUCAGUAUUCCAACGAGGUGCUUUUUUUUCCUCCUCCCUCUCUUCUGUGUAAUCACAAGCACACUUGAACUGAAAUACUUACACUGUAUGGAUGCUCGUCCAAACCAAGGCAUGACUUUAACUUUUUUAAAUGUAAAAUGCCAAGAUUACAACAUCUAUUAUGCUGUAAAAAAAUCCUUGGUGUUGUAAAUACGAUAUAUUUCUUUCUUUUUGCAUACUGUGCGUGGCUGUGUGGAUGUGUGUUUGUAUGCAUGUGUGUAUAAACUGUAUGUAAUGAAAUUACAUAAUAUUUUUGCAGUGAAUGCAUACUCUGGAUGCUUCUGUUACUCAGUCGCCACCACUAUGAGGUUUUCAUUUAAACCCUUCGGUUCUUUUAAUGGGAAGUGUGAAGACUUCUUCAGCCAAAGCAAUGGCUUCAUGGGAUUAUUGCAUAUGGGCCACCAUUCUUGUUAGGAAAUGCAGGGCCUCAUUCGUCAGCACAAACAACAUCACCUCUUCAUUUUUUAAUUUGAGAUUUCAGCACUCCCUAUCAAAGGCCUCAGUGAAGAUGCACAUUAAACACUGAGACAGUCUGUUUGCUGUAACACCACAUGUGACAUUACUGAUGUGAGGUUCAUUAAUUACUGAUAACAGAGUCUUCGUUGGUGAUUAGUAAUGGCCAGAGCAGGACGACUCAUCUGUGCUACUUUGGCAUUACUGUGUGUCAUUCCACCACUAAUGCCUUGCACGCUGCAAUUUGGAAAUGUGGUUCUUCACCAUACCUUGGCACAUCAUACCCAAUUCCUGACUCUCUCAGACAGUUAAGAAGACCCUCUAUGGCCUCCGUGAAAUCUUCCAAAUGUAGUCUUAACACAUUUAUGAAAGAUGCGUGUCUGUUGGUUUAGUGUUGUAUUGUUUGGCAUUAGUUUAAAAAAAAUUACAAGCUAAACACUGAACAACUACUGACAUUUAAAGAGAAGUCUGGUGAUGGAUUUAAUUGGUGAUGUUAUUUACAUCUCCUUCCUCAGAUCUAUGGCCUUGAUGAUCAAGCUGAUUACUCCCACAUUUUAUAUUAUUAUUUUUGUGCUACUGCUUUUCCAUGAAAGGACACUGGAGUGUGCAAUUGGUGUUGCGUGGAAACACACAUUAAACACGCCUGCGCACACACACACAAACAGACACAGACACAGACACACGGACACAGCCAGCCACCCAUGCAUGUGUACCCACCCACUCUUGAGUACAUACUCAGAGCUCUACCAAUGGUCAAGGCUUUGAAGUGAAAAUCUGCUUGAUAACAGCUGAGUUGAGAGGGGCUAAAGGGGAGAGAUGUAUGGUUGAGGGUUUAUUGACCUACCGAUCAAUGACUGCACCUGGGUUUAGCAGGCUAGUUUACAUGCACACACACACACACACUUGCAAUCAUAUGUAGUAUGUACAUAACGCACAACACGAGUAUAUACAUUCAUAGACACAUGUGGCGUUACAGGUGAUAGAUCAACUGCAAAAUAAUUCGAUUGAACACACAUACAGUACAUAUAUCCAUGCACUCUAAGUGUCCUGUCAUUGUUAUUUGGCUUUGGUUAUGACUUCUCCUGUGAAUCCCUAUCAUUGAUAAUACUUGUGAUUUUUGCCUUAUUUCACAAGCUUACACUGAUUAAACUUAUAUUUGCCUUGUAGCUGAUCAAUUUGAUAUGCAGAUCUUAAUUUUGUAAAUAAAGCUCUAUACAAAUGGACUGUACAGUGUAAAGUUGGAUAAAUUAUGAUUUUGUAAGAAAUAAAGUAUUGGUGUUUAAAGACUGUGUAUUUAUGAAAUGGGUGAAAAUGACUACCAUGAUGAAGUCUAAAUGAAGUUGACUAUCCCUGAGGGUAUUAGCAUUUGUAUAUAAAUUAGUGAUGAGACUCAACAGUGGAAUUGUUGAGAAGUGGAGAAGCAUACAGAAAUUAAAAUAAUAAUGUGAUAUUUAAAUGAAACACGUGUAAAAUGCUCUCAGCCAUUUUAUGUGCAGUCUAUGUCAUUUAAAUAUUAAUAUCGACACGGAAACUUAUUUGUAAAUGUAGAUAUCCAUUUUCAGAUUACAGAUACACAAUGUCUUAACUGUGUUAAGAAUGUAACAUGAACUGUCAUAGCAUUUCAGUGAACAAAAAUACUUUAAUAACUUUAAUAUUUGGUUCGUCUGGGACUAGUGUGCCUAUAAAAUCGGAGUGUUGUGUAAAUAUAAACAAGUAAGUGACACUGUCAACCUCACUUGAACUCAGAGUGAAAAAAAAAACCGCGGUAUGGGUCACUAUGGCCAAAAACGAGUUAGUACUCUAAGGUAUCUAGGAGAACAACCUGACCAAAUGUCAAAUGCUGUGUGUGUUUUUGUGUCAUGGAGGAGGGAAAGUAAGUUCACAUUGGGCCUUUCUUAUUUCCUAAUUGUAUUAGAGCUGACACAGGUGGUAACUACUGUCGAAUUCCCUAAACCAAAUAUCAGUGAUAUAAGCGUGAUAGUGAAAACUACCUUUUCAAUCAAGUAGCGGCGUGUAAAAAAAUGCCAACGUUAGCCGACUUACUUGAAAUGUGUUACUUUAUAAUGAGAAGAUUUUCAGAGAUAAGACCUACAUAGCCAGACAGUUCUCAUUACCGAGAGGAUACUCCCACCUGGUGGAAAAAAACAGGUGAUACCUCUUAAGGUAGCAAAUGGCAAGCCUAGGUCCGAAGUCAUUCGUGAGAAAGUUUUGUGUACACAGGAGUGUGAUGCUUUAAAAAAAGUUGAAAACCCAACAACAUGAAUCCGUCGUUUCACAGGUAGGCAUAGCGAGAUAGCUAAUGAGAACGCUGGCUCUUAAAUUAAGGCGUGCCCUCACACCCAUACAGGAGAGUGAGGAUUCUGCUGAGCAUCAGUGCAGCUCUGGCAUCCCGCACGGUGAACUGUCUUCACCAUCUCGCCCAGCGCAACCCACUGACAGGCCCUCUCCAGAUGAUCAGUCUGACAGUUCCCCAGAGGUGUGGCGGUCUGCCCGCAGCCAGCGCAGCCAGCACACAUGUCAGCCUCACGAUUUGGGUUUUUGCGAGAACAAAUCCUCACCUUUAGAGCUGGACCGUGACAGUAGCUCUUCAACUUCAGAGCUGGAACAUAGCAAGUCAUCACAUGAGCAUGUACUUGAGAUGAUGCCAAAGAGGUUUCAGCUUAGGAAGCAGAAAGAGCACGGCGCCCUCAAUCAACAACCUGUGGAGUCACCCGCAGCAUCACCUCCACGCAAGAACAACAAGGCACCCAGGGCUCGAGCCAGAAAGAGGAAAGCCAAGGAUGAUGGAGAGGCUGGAGGCCAGAAGAGGAAUGGAGAACAGAGAGGUGCCUCCACUGCACUGGAGCCCAGUCUGCCCCUUUGGCUUGUCAGCCUGAUGCAUAACAUUGAGGAGGCCACCCAGCAUGAACUGGUGGUAGAAUAGGUUAAAUGGAAGAGUGAGUUGGAGAUCGAGAGAUCCCACAUAGAAAGUUAAAGAAACGUAAUGUUUCAUGGAUUUAGGUCAUACAUUUUUUUUUUUUUGCAUUUGCCUAUUUUGCAACGUAUUGUCAACCUUUUUGUAAAGGUCUGUUGCUUUUUUUUUUUUUUUUUAAUGGUUUCAUUUGGACUGCAUGCACCUAUAGAGUGUUGGUAUGGCAGUGACCUGUAAAAGUAAACAUAUAAACUGUAUCAUUAUGUGAAUUUAUUUUUUUGACUGGUGUAUAUUUUGACACUUACUGCAAUUACUUGGUACAGUUUCUGUUGAAUAAAUGUUUUGCAAGUAUAAUUUCAUUGUGUGAAAAUCUCAAUUACGAAAUUUCAGCAACAGCAACAAUCGAUCACACAA